AAAACAACACCAAGCUUCUGGUAUGUUGAAGCUGCAACUCCGGGACCCAAGACAACUAGCUAGACAAGCAAACAGUUUGUGGCUCGCUGACAUACACUCUAGCAUGGAAAAACUGCCAGGAUGAUUUCCUUCAAGUUCGAUAGACGCUACUAUUCUGGACAAGAAAAACGCAGCCUACCACACGGCUACGGAGUUUAUCAGUCUCCUUUUGAUGACUUCAGAUAUGAAGGAAAGUGGAAUGGAGUAGAGAUGCAGGAUGUUGAAGGAAAACUUUUCUGGAAAAACGGCAGUUUGUAUCAGGGAUCUUUUAAACAUGGACAGAUUAGCGGAGAAGGCUUUAAGAAGUGUGUUGAGACUAGGACGGAGUACAGAGGUGGCUUUGAACUCGGUCUCAAACAUGGAGAAGGGUUAGUACUCUAUAGUGAUGGCAGCUGGUACGAUGGACCCUGGCAAAAUGACAAACGAGAAGGUAUAGGAAUGUGGACCAGCCUUGACGAAAACGAGGAGUAUCAUGGCCACUUUCUCAAUGACUACAGAGAUGGCGAAGGAAGCUGUCGUUACUCCAAUGGUGACAAAUAUGAGGGUCAAUGGACACGAGGGCUGAGGGACGGAAAAGGUACCAUGUGGCACACAUCGGGCAUAGUAUACAAGGGAUUGUGGACAAAUGACAAACCAUCAGACAGACCGCUGGCAAUUAAAAUCAAAACCGAGUCUCACAUCGAGGUUUCAUCAAAUGAACACGAGAUCACUCUGAUAGUAGAUUGUGUACGUAAAGAUGGUGGAGUUUCAUAUUCAGAAAGUGAUCGAAUUCUAAAGAUGACAGCUGGCAAAGUAGUGAAAAAGAAAACCCAAGAAAAUCAUGAUACUUUUCAUACUCCUUGGAACUUGUUCGUGGAACCAAUCGACAUCAAAGACCCACAUUCCACAGAAGAUCCUACAGUCACCAGUGAAACUGCCUCAAAAGUUAAAAAUUCAGUCACAUCCAAUGCCACCCCCAAUCUACCAGACAUUGAAGUUCAUACUCCAACGCCACCUCCUCGGGUGGCAACCAACUCCAAAUUGGCGCAACCGACGACUAUACCUUCAACCGUCAAUGAAGCAGACCCACAGACUAACCCAGACAGAAGCAGACCUCACAGCAGACUACAUGUACCAUCCACCCAUCAUAAAAAGAGAUUGACCUACAAAGAAAGACCGCCAUCGACCGACAAUGCAGGCACAAGAUGGAGAGACGCUGUUACGUUUGUUUCACAACAGCAACUAAAGUUGGCACACAAUCUAACACAAGCACAAGUGCAGGGUGUCACCAUGUCUACUGUUGAAGGAAGCGCCACAUUCUCUGGACAGUUCAUUCCAACAUUAAAGUUGCCACUAGAAUUGCAGCAAAACAGCAGUCCGGGUGUUGAAAGAAUGGAAGGAGAUCAGAAGUUGGGCGACGUAUACACAGAAAAGGGUAAUGGACGAGCUGCUAGUCCAUCAAAAAUUAGUGAUGUUGUAAGUUCUGAGCCUACUACACGUCAACAGUAUCCGAAGAAAGGAAUACUGAAACGGCCCAAAACGCAGGAGAAAUCGAGGCCACUGAGUCCUGCAAAAAAUGCUACUAUAAUGGAAGCAGCUGGGAAGACAUAUGGCAGACAUCUUACGGAACCUGGCAAAACGGCUGAUGUAUUCAAAUCACACAACUUGAAACCGGGUGACUGCGUGCUGAUGGUCUGCGACAUAACCGAGCCCAACUUCUUUGGUCCUCCUCUUGAUCCUGACUACAUUCCUCUAAAACUGCUUUUCCCCAAGAAGAGCAAAGGAAAUCGCUUCAAGCCACAAAAAACCAGAAGUGUCACACACGGAAAGCAUACAUCACCCAAUGCCUAAUUAAUUAAAUUUCCCAUUGGUAUGAUGUCGUGACUGUUUGUCUUUCACUUCAAUGACCAUGAUUGCUAAGCAUAGCUGGGGAUGUCAACUGAAAUGCAAUGCUCCCUAUAACUCUGGAUUCGCUAUAUAAUUAUGUAGACACUUGAAUUUGGUAAAUUUAGAAUACACUUUGACCGUUUCAGAUAACCGAAUUUAUGAUAUACAUAUUCGUGUCAUGUCUAUUGUCACAUACCCUACAAGACAUCUGCUUGCUUAGAUACUUAGUUUGAGUUCGUGUUUGUCAUGAAAGUAGUC